AUGGUUCAAGGAACUUUGGGGUAUUUGGACCCAGAAUAUUUUCAUACAAACCAGUUAAUGGAUAAGAGCGAUGUUUAUUACUUUGGUGUUCUUCUUGCUGAUCUAUUCACAGGUAGAAUGACACUUGAAUUUCAUAGACCUGAAAACGGGAGAAAUUUAGCAAAUUAUUUUCUAUCGUCAAUGAAGCUAGAAUACUUGUUUAUUAUUCAAGAUGAUACUUUUACGAGGAACAAAGAAGCAUGGAAUCUUAAUGGUCCACUCCAACUCCAGCAGGUGGCUGAACUAACUAAGAGAUGCUUAAGAGUAGAAAGAGAAAAGAGACCAACAAUGAAUGAGGUAGUUAUGAUACUAGAUGGAUUGAGAAUGUCUUCCAGUAACUCUUGGGUUUGCGGCACUGCAAUGGACGAUGAUAAACUGGGGAAAGUUCACUUUCUGGAUGGCCAACUGAGCUCUGCUAACUACACUGAUUACUCUACCGGUGGUGAUUAUGAUAGCAUGAAAAACAAAGAGUUGUCAUCACUUAGUUUCGGCGAUACGGAAAAGAAAGUAGACAAAUCCCGUGUUACAGUCUCUCUAGAUAUUAGCAAUGAGAUUUUCAAGGAAAUGGAAUUACCAAAAGAAAUGAAUAUUUUCAAUACUCAUGUGGCUGUGUUGGAAGGGUGCCUUUGUUUAUUCGGAUCCCUUUGGAAUGUUGGCAGAAGUGUUAUUGAAAUAUGGGUAAUGCAGAGUUAUGGAGAACGAGAAUCUUGGACUAAACGUCAUACCGUGAAAGUUGAAAUUUUUGACAACUAUCUUAGACUUAUAAUGUCUUUCAAGAGUGGUGAGAUUCUAUUUGGGCGUGAUAUUACUACCGGUCUAGUUAUACACGACCCUGAUCAGUAUGGAAGUGUUAUAGAGCCGAUCAAUCCGCGUUUCAGACAUUUGCACCUAGGAGAGCUUUAUUUUGGAAGCUUAGUUUCACUGUAG